AUGCGUAGACCGAAUCAUCAUUCUGAUCAAGAACGGCCAGUCGAACCGAAUGUUCGUCCCAACUCUUCGCAGAACGCAUUUUUUACACCCCAGACAGCAUUCUAUGGUCAACCCAAUGACCCGGCGCUCGAAAUGGAACGUUUGACAAGUAAUCCAUUUCUUCGUGUCGGAAUGAAAGCUGUUGAAGACGGCAUGAAAGAUAUUACCGGCAAAACUUUUAAUGCCCUGCCAGAUGAAAUGAAGAAAUCGGUGUCAUCGAUAAGAUAUUACUUUGCCGUCGAUCAAGCAUAUGUUCGAAAAAAACUCAUCCUCAUUCUCUUCCCAUUUCGAUCAAGGAAAUGGUCAUUGGACUAUAGUGCUGAUGAACCAGUUCCACCGCGAGUUGAUACAAAUGCACCUGACUAUUACAUUCCAUUGAUGAGUGCCAUGACUUACGUGCUCAUUGCCAGUAUUGUUCUCGGGACACAAAAAAGAUUUACACCUGAACAACUGGGCACACAUGCAUCGUCUGUUCUUAUAUGGAAUAUGAUUGAGAUAGGUCUUCUUUCUUUGAUAUUUUACAUUUGUAAUAUUCAUUCUAAACUACGUCUACUCGAUUUAAUUGCAUAUUGUGGUUAUAAAUAUGUUGGAAUGAUCGUCGUGCUCUCUUCUUAUUUGAUCACACAUUCCUUGCUUGCAUAUUAUUGUUCACUGCUCUAUACCGGUAUCUCUAUAUCAUUUUUCCUUAUCAACUGUCUAAGAUUGCAAAUCUUACCUGACACAAGUGGUUCUCAAGCAUACAACGUAAAUCGAAAUCGCCGUCGUGUUUAUUUACUCCUGCUAGUCACUUUCAGUCAGCCAGUCUUUAUUUGGUGUCUAACUCGACAUCUAAUUGUCACAUGA